AUGACGGUCCGCACGCAGUUGCUCAAUCCAUUCAUGCGGAUGCCGUGCAUGAAGAAGAAGAUCGUUGCGGUUCUGCCCAAGGGCGGACCUGCCGCAGACAACCCGAAGUACUUGAACUGUGUGGAGAAUGGCUUGGGCUUGAGAGAGUGGCUGGAGGAGUCGGGGCAUACAUUCAUUGCAACUGCGGACAAAGAGGGUUCCGAUUCAGAGCUUCAGAAAAAUCUGUCCGACGCCAAUGCCAUUAUAACGACUCCAUUCCAUCCCGCCUACAUGACCAAAGAGCUCAUCUCGAAUGCCUCAAACCUGGAGCUCAUCCUCACAGCAGGCGUGGGCUCUGACCACAUCGACCUGAAAGCCGCUGCCGACAAGGGCAUCACCGUGGCAGAGGUGACUGGCAGCAAUGUGGAGAGCGUAGCGGAGGAUGAGGUCAUGCGCAUGCUCAUCCUGAUGAGAAAUUUCGUGCCAGGCUAUCUGCAGGCCAUCAAUGAUGAAUGGGAUGUGCCAGCAAUUGGCGUGAAAGCUUGGGACAUCAAGGGGAAGACCGUGGGCACAGUGGGCGGCGGCCGCAUUGCUUACGAGGUCAUGAAACGCCUGGAGCCAUGGGGUGUGACUCGGCUGUACUUUGACCGCGAGCAGAAGCCGGACAAAUUCGACGACAUGGGUGUCACCUGGGAAAAAGACCUCGACUCGCUGCUGUCCAAGUGUGACAUUGUCACCGUCAAUGUGCCCCUCACCGACUCCACAAAGGGCAUGUUCAACAAGGAGGUGAUCGGCAAGAUGAAGGAGGGUGCGUUCCUGAUCAACAAUGCACGCGGUGCAGUUGUGGACCCAGAGGCAGUUGAAGAGGCCCUCAAGAGCGGCCAGUUGGGAGGCUAUGCUGGGGAUGUGUGGCCGGAGCAGCCGGCGCCGAAAGACCAUCCAUGGCGCCACAUGCCCAACCAUGCAAUGACUCCCCACAUCUCUGGCACCACUCUUGAUGCCCAGGAGCGGUAUGCGGGAGGGGUGCGCGAUAUGUUGGAAGCCUGGAUUGAGGAGAAGCCGUUUGAGGAGGAUUACUACAUCGUGCGCGAGGGGGAAUUGGCGUCUCAGUACCAGUGA